CUUAUGAUUUGUUUUUUGUAACUAAAAAAUGACUUUUAGAACUCUUCGCCGAUGACAAGAUUAUUUCUUCAGAUUAUGUUGCAUUCUUUUUUGAAAAUAUACUUGCGAAUAAUUCUCUUUCCAAAAUAGUGCUUUAUCUAGCUUUAUUUUUUCCUAAUAUUUCUAUUGGUCGAUGGUAAUUUGUGUUUUCUCCCGGUAAGCGGCCAUAUUAGUUCUAGAUUAAUUUAACAAAAGUGAGUGUUUCGUGCGUGGAAUGAAAUUAUCACCGUCGUGUAUCAAGUUGAGCGUGCACUGUACCAAGCAAGGUUACAUUGUUACAAAUGACAGUGGCACUUGGUCAAAUGCGAAUACGACCGAGAAGUCAUGUGAACGAAAUGCAUGGAAAUAUUAGGACGAAUACGUCUUGUUGAUCUCUAUCAGUGCAUACAAGUACAUCUUUUUUGUGACACUUUAUGAAUGUGGUCAAAGCAAGAGAUCAUCUUGCGGGGGGUCUUGGCUGGGAUUACCAAAAUCUGACUAGACCAAAAAGCCGCCUUACUGAUAAGCUUUUAAUAUCAAGACUGCCAAUCUAAGACUGAACUACUGAUGCAUGGGAUAAUUAUCUUUAAUGUCGAGUACGGACAGCAUCAAUGGGAAACUGUUUUUCUUGUUUCAAGGUGCCACUUCCACCAGUCACUACGGAACAAUCAAUUGUAUUGGAACAUAAAGACGACACAAUGGAACUAAGAGGAUUAUUCCCAAAUUCUUGCCAACAAACUGGUCCACUCGUGCCUGCAGAAACACAUGUCAAUGGAAACAGGAAAUCAUUAAAUACUGUACCUACGCUUAAUAAUGUAGGGUCAGAUAACUGUGGAUCUAUGCCUAGUAUACAAAAUAACUUACGUUUGUCUCGAGGAUUUUAUGCUCGAUUACCUCCACUAGGCCGUUCAGGCACUUCUUCAGGUCUUAACUUAACCACAGAAUUUAAACAGCAACGAGAACCAUCAGAAAGCAAAUUGAAUACGUUGUUUGACCAAUAUAAGGAUUUACAUGAGGAUGUAAUAUUAGCUGAUGGAAUAGAAAGGCUUUGCAAUGAUUUGCAACUAUCCCCAGACGAAUUUAAAGUACUUGUUCUAGCUUGGAAAUUAAAUGCUGAACAAAUGUGCCAAUUUACGCGUCAAGAAUUUGUAACAGGGCUGAAAGCUAUGCGUGUUGACAGUAUACGUGGUAUUCAGGCAAGAUUACCUGAAAUUGUGCAAGAGUUAACAGUCAAUAGUGAUUUAUUUAAGGAUCUCUAUCGAUUCACAUUCCGCUUUGGUUUGGAUGUUACCUCUGGUCAACGAAUACUGCCAGCUGAUAUGGCUAUUGUCCUUUGGCGACUUGUUUUUACAAUUCGAGAACCACCACUUUUGACAAGAUGGUUAAAAUUUCUUGAAUGUCAUCAUGUUCGAGGUAUACCUAGAGACACUUGGAACAUGUUUCUGAAUUUUGCUGAAAGCAUUGGAGAUGAUCUUGGUGCUUAUGAUGACGCAGAAGCAUGGCCAAGUUUAUUUGAUGAUUUUGUAGAAUAUGAAAAUGAUCAAAUGAACCAAAAUAUUACUAAAGAUGACAUAAUGAAGGAUGCUUCUAUUGAUAAGGCUUAAAAAUCGGUUUAAAAAAACAUUUAUUGAAUUAAAGUACAGUCAUAUAUUUGGCUUUUGAAUAGAAUCUUCUAAAAUGACUUAAUGACAUAGAUAUAUGUGAAGAAACGGUAGGAUAACAUUGUGAUAUUUACGAAUAUUUUUAAUCAGUGAAUUAGUGAAAUGACUAAAUUGUACAUUUUUUAUUCAAAAGUGGCAUUACAUUUCCAAAUAUGAAUAGGUGUAUUUUAAGUUAUAUGUUAAUUUAUUAGUAAAGGGUUGUGAAUUUUAUACACAAAAAAUUAAAUGACAAAUUCUUUAUUUGUUGACAAAUUCAUGUCAAAAAACAUGGUGUAAAGUAAAAAUAACAUACAAUACUCUUUGUGAAUUUUAUAAUUUUCAAAAAUCUGUAUAAUAUUACAGAAUUGUAACAUUACAAUUUACAAAAAUAAUUAUAUGCCAAGAGGUAUCAUUUUUUUUUUUACAAGAUAUUUAUUAACAAUGAUAAAAAAUAAUAUGUAUUAUUAAAACUGUAUUUUGUUACAUAUUUUUGUGUUGUAAUACUAAAAUUUGCAUUUAAAAUAUAUUUAAAUGAUAAUCUAUAAUGGUUUAUAAUAUGAUAUCUCUUUUCAUAUGGCAUAUAUAAAUAAAUUGAAAAUAUUUGACGAAAAUGGAAAGCAUUAAUAAUAUAGUAUAUAAGAUUAAUUGAUUGAGUAUGAAAGUAUACUAUGUUUUUGAUAAAAACGAAAAUUAUAACGAUUAUAAAAAUAUCUGAAAUACAUUUUGGUUAGAUACUUUAUCAUUAAAUUUUAUCAAAGUAAUUCUAAAUUAUAAUAAUACAUAAAUAUUGGAUAAAUAUUUGGCAAUUACUCUGUUACAAAUGAUUUUCAACUUCGUUAUAAUUAUAAAGAAAAUUAUAUGAUGCAAUCAAAUUAAAAAAAAUAUAUAUAAAAUCAUGUAGUUUUCCAAUUAUAUAAUUACACACUUAAAUGCUGUAUAUACAAGAAAAUUAAAAAUAAUGUGAAAUUAUUAGAUAAUCUACAUGCGCCAAAUCCAAAUUAUUAUAUAAGAGAAUAAACAAAUUUAUAGUAAUUAUGAAAAAUGAAGAAGAUUCUGUUCAAAGGACUUUUUGCAUAAAAGAGUUUUUAAUAAAUCUCUCAAUCUAAAUUUGUGAUACAGUGUGUACAAGUCUAUACAAUCUUGGAUUCAUUAAUAUUUCCUACUGAUAAAAGAGAGCAAAUGUAAAGAAGUAAAGUAUUUUAUAUUAAACAUAGAUUCCAAAAUUUGUCUGGUUAAACAUAAUAUAUUUUAUUAGACUAGAGUGUAUAAUGUAACCCUAUGCAAAACAUACACAUGUAUUCUAGUGUAACACAUGUCCAUUAUGAAUUUUGGUUUUUAAUAGUUAUUUCUACUGAUUCUUUCUCAUAAUGGAACAUAAAGGAUUAUUAAAAUCAGGUUCCUAUUUAGUUUUUAUAUUUUUUAAUGCACUUACAGCAGUACUAAGGGAGAAAUAUUUACUUUUUAUUAUUGUUGUAAAUUUUUCAUUAACUAACAAGAUCUAAUGAAAUAUUCUAAUACAAAAUUAAUAUGAUUUUUAUAAUGUAUUAUGAAUAUGUAAUAUAAUCUGAGUAUAUGUAUCACAGUGUAUCAUGUCAGUUUAAAAAAUUCUACAAAGAUUUUAUAAACUAUUAAGGAACCAUUUCCUGUUUUAUUUCAUAUAAAAUUGUGAUAUAUAUUCAUAUUAAAAUCAAUUUCAUGAAAAACAAAACUUUCUUUAAAAUUAUGGUUAUCUAAAGGUUGAUUUUUUGUAAUGUACUUUUUUAAUACUAUGCUUUAACAUAUUCACCGUCCUUUUGUCCACAGUACCUGAUACAGGUACAAUAUAUGAAUACACAAUUAUAUAUAUAUAUAUAUAUAUAUAUAUAUAUAUAUAUAUAUAUAUAUAUAUAUGGAUUAAUGUUGGAUAUAAAGCAAAGCUUACACAGAGAUACAUAAACAUAAUUAUAUAUUAUGAAAAAAUAAUUGCAAAAAUGAAAGUAUAGCUUUAUAAUUCAGAGAAGAUAACUAUUUAAAAAGUAAACUAUAUCAAAAACUAGGAUUAAUAGGUUCUUUUUUCAUAUUAUGAAGCAUUGAAAUAAUAUGUCUGAAAAAUAAAAUUGCCUUGUAAUAUCUAUCUAAAUUAUUAUCAAUCACUAUUACCAUUGCUAUCAUAAAUGAGAAAGGUUCCUUUUUUAGAAUCUCUGUGUAGGUUACACUUAAUUUGUACGAGGAUUAUAUUAAUACACAUGAACGUAUUGCUUAACCUCAACAGACGCACACAUAUUAUUAACAAUAUACUAUUAAAAUAAUUUAAACUUAAGCUUCAAUUUAAGUUGAAGCUCUUGCUUGACUAAGGAACAAUUUUAUUUCGUAUCUAAUGAUCGCACAUAUGUCAUUAUUAUUUCUUUUAAUGCUUCCACUAAACUUUCCUAAAAUAUCCUAAGAUUAAAUAGAAUUACUUUGAUUGUGAUAAUUUUAAAUCAGAUUGAGUCACAUUUUGUAGAAACGUUAUCAUUACAAAAAAUAGGUGUGAUAAUUAAAUAAAGAGUCAACUGAUAGUUAUAAGUAGGAUUCAAACAUUGGUAUGAUAGACUAUUUAUAAUAACAGAUGUACAUUUCUAAUAAGUCUUAAUAAAUUCAUUUUAAUUCUACAAAAGUAAA